GCGAAAGCAGAGUUGAGGUGAGUCAUGGCCCGUAUGCUCGUGGUCAAGAACUCUUAGCACAACGGCGGAAUUCUAGAACCAGAUCCAGUCUGGAGGACGCCACUGGUUCUCGUUCCAAGCGAGGUGUUACUUUUGGCACUGAUUCCUUCAUACCAACAGGUACAAGUUCCAGAAGCUAUAGGGAUUCUGCUAGGAUACAGCUGCCCAUCAAAUCAGCUUUGAAGUCUGGGUCCAAAAGCAGGCUGACAGAGCAACAUGGGAUGAUGAAUGUGAGUACAGCUCAGGAGGUGGAAAGAAGUCCUCAACAUGCUGUUGCUACCCCUCAACACUUUGAUGCACCUUCUCAGGUUUCACAAGUCUCCACAGGCAUUGCUCCUUAUAUCAAACCAUACUCUCUUAGGUACCCCUCACCUGAGGCAACACCAGUAGAGCAAAUGGAUGCCCAUUCACCAAGUAAGGAUCAGACCUGGGCUGCAUCCCAUCCACCAGAAUGUUGGACAAUUGUCCGAGGUGCAGCCAUGUCAAAGACUGAGAACGUGAGAGCAGAGCUUUUGAGAUCAGGACACCACAAAGCUGAAUUACAGUGGGAUGAAAAGUUUGUUGAAGCACGGAGAACAUUGGAGCGGGAGGGACGGCCCAAGCUCUCUUUACGCCGCUUUUUUUCAGCCAUGGGCCUGAACAGCAUGGGGAAAAUGGUGAACGGCAGCCGGUCCAGCAGCAUGGAGCAGCUGUCUCUCUCCACAGCCAGAGCUUCUCCAAGCCCUACUCACAAAGUCCAAACCCUGCUGCAAAGAACGCCUUCACUUCAAACCCUCCAAACUGAAUCACCUCUUGCUCAGCUCCGUAAAGCUUCUUCUGUCCAAAGCCUCCAGUCUCCAAAGAAGAAACAUGAGAACUCGACUAUUCUUGGAGAGCUUCAUUUACCUCUUCCUUUGGGACCUAGGCACCUUCAUGUUAAGAAGGGAAUGGAAAUCUUAGAUGCAUCUCAAGUUUCCUGUCCAGUGGGACGAAUUAUCCAGACAUUCCCUGAUGGAUCUUUAUUGUUAGAGCUCACUAGACCCGCGAACGCACCUUUCGGCUUUGUCAUCUCUAAAGGAAAAAAAGGUCGACCAGACUCAGGAGUAUAUGUGGAACACGUUGGAGGCAGUGCCUCAGAGAACAUCUACACCAGCCUUUUGGGAGUAGGUGAUGAAAUCCUGGAGAUAAACGGAGAGAAGGUGACUGGACUGAGCCUCGAUCAGGUGACCUGUCUGAUGACUCGCGAGAGUUUGGCUACGGUCCGAAUCAUUCCACAUCGCUGGAUCCAGUAUUAAACAGCUCAACCAUGCCAGGAAUAUGAUGCAGCUACCAUCUGGAAAGGAUUAGUGUGCACCAAGUCUCACCAAGUUUAUGCUGUUACUAUAGAAACAGUCUCUACUGUAAUAGCCAUGCUCCUACAGACAAUGAAUGAACACCAUCUGACCAAACAGAUCUGAGGUUUUAACACUGUUGAAACGCAUUACACAUAUGCACAUAUACCUCAGACAUCAGGAUUAAGUUUAUAUGAAUACUCAAUAAUAAUCACUAUUACU